GAAAGUCCCACCCUCGCACCACUGCACUUGUUCGCUCAUUCCUCCCUCACACUGGGCGCCAUUUUGCCGCGCUGCGUUCCAGUGCGCGAGAGGGUUGUGAUUGGGUUCCGCGAGCCGCCAUUGGAGCCAAUCAGCGGUGAUAACAGCGGGAAGACGUGUGUUGUUGAGCUGAAUAGACGCUGAGCAUGGAGCAGUUCACUGAGGCAACAAGUGGUGGAGAGCAGAUCGUGGUGCAGACGUCUGGUGGAGCGGUGCAGCAACAGAGCACAGUGACCGCAGUGCAGCUGCAGGCUGACGGCCAGGUGGAUGCGGGUGCAGCCCAGCAGGUGCAGACUCUGCAGGUAGUUCAAGGGCAGCCUUUAAUGGUGCAGGUCAGUGGCGGUCAGCUCAUCACCCCUUCCGGGCAGCCCAUAAUGGUACAGGCCGUGCCAGGAGGACAGGCGCAGACGAUCAUGCAGCUACCGGUGACAGGCUCGCAGGGUCUUCAGCAGAUCCAGCUUGUGCAACCGGGGCAGAUUCAGCUCUCAGGAGGUCAAACACUACAGGUACAAACUGCACAGGGACAGACGCAGCAGAUCAUCAUCCAGCAGCCGCAGACCGCAGUGACUGCGGGACAGAACCAGCCCCAGCAGAUCACAGUGCAGGGUCAGCAGGCUCAGACGGCAGAGGGUCAGACCAUCCUUUACCAGCCGGUCAACGCUGAUGGAACCAUCCUCCAGCAGGGUAUGAUCACUAUUCCCGCUGCCAGUUUAGCAGGAGGUCAGAUCAUCCAGGCGGGUUCCAACACCAGCGGCACUGGAGGUCAGGGCACCGUGACUGUCGCAGUUCCCGUCACAGGAAAUGUGGUUAAUGCUGGUGGAAUGGUUAUGAUGGUCCAAAGCGGUGGCUCUGUCCCAACCAUGCAGCGCAUCCCUCUCCCUGGAGCAGAGAUGCUGGAGGAGGAGCCGCUCUACGUCAAUGCUAAGCAGUACCACCGCAUCCUGAAGAGGCGCCAGGCUCGCGCCAAGCUGGAGGCUGAGGGCAAGAUCCCCAAAGAGAGGAGGAAAUACCUGCACGAGUCUCGUCAUCGGCACGCCAUGGCGCGGAAGCGUGGUGACGGUGGGCGCUUCUUUUCAGUGAAGGAGAAGGAAGAAAUGGGCAUGCAGGUGGAGUCAGAGGAGGCCCCGGUCGGAGAGGAAGCUGUGACUCAAAUGAUCAGCGUUUCUUAACCCUUUGUAAUGCUUUAUACGGUGCCCACCGCAGUGUGAAGCAGAAAAAUCGCCCCCUGAACCUUGGCCAGUGCUUUGUACAGAUUUCUACACUGGCUCUGUUACAGUCUGGUGCUUAAUGAGCGAGAAUGCUGAUCUUGGAUCAGUUUUUUUUGCUUUCAACCUUGUAAAUAAUGCAACCAUAAAGGCACGGAGACCUGAUCCCAGAUCAGUGUGCUGCAGAAGGAUUUCUGUAUCAAAGCAUGGAAAGACUUGAGGAAACUAAACUGUGUGUUUUGUAUCUCCUUUAAAAAGGGUGUCUCACGAGGUUGAGCCUGUCCUAAGCAUGAGUUUUAAUGUUUUUGUUUGAACGUUAAUGUUAAUGGUAGUUGGAUCGAAGACGUUUAUUUAAUUGUGAGACGUUAAAAUAUUCUGUUGCCUAUGCACGUCCACACUGAUCUCCAUAAUGUACCAAAAGUCUCUUAAUCUGAUGUUGAAGUUUACAGCACAAAUAUCCAUUUGAUAAAUAAAAAAACAAACUGAGUGCUUGGAAAUGCAGGCAUAUAGGUGUAUUUAGCAGCUGUGGGUGGAUCUUUUACAGAUCAGAUCUUUUGUACAGCAAACUCUGGAGCUUCUGCCACCCUUCAGGACAAGUUGUUUUGCAGGAAUUGAUAUUUGAUACAAGUUUUGUGGAAAUUAUUUCUUGUUUGAGCGCGAGAUCUUUCUGUGUAGUCUCUGGAGUGUC